AUGCUGGCAGAGCACUUUCCAGGGUUGAGCUUGUCUUUAAUUUUGGAUGCUGAAAAAAGAUUCACUUCGGCUGACACAAAUGGAGACCAAGUGAUUGACCUCUCGGAAAUGGACAAUAUUCUCACGGCAAAUAACAUGAUGUUUACCAAAAAACAACUUGAAGAAAUCUUAGAAAGCAUAGACACGGAUAAAAACGGCUACCUGGAUUUCCUUGAAGUUCUAACGGUUAUUGAAAGGUUAAGUAGUAACAAAAGAUCGAAGCUUUCUCCCCACUUGCAAACGGCAACCAAAUCUGCUACAUGCUCAAUACAAUAGGCAAAAACUGAAUGGGUUACACGUUCCAUGUUAUUUUGAUAAAGAGGACAUAUCAUUGAAAAAAGACCCAAGUUAUAUGUAGGAAAUUUGUGAUAUUUGAAUUUAUGUGUGUAUAUAUAUAUUUGAAUAUAUUUAUAUAUG